GUUACUUUAAACUGAAACAAAAAAAAUCAGACAAGAUGUUACUCUCCCAGAGGAAAACAUUCUCCCUGAGUCGAGGGAUUUUUUUCAAAUGUGACUUCUUCCUUUCUGUUCAAAGUUUUUUUUAAUAGUAUUCGUUAUAUUAAUUGGUGUGUCAUUAGUUUUGUCUCUCCUGUGGGCUUGGCUUUGGCCACAGACAUGUGGUGUGGGAGGUUUGGACCUUCUCUGCUAGACGUCACUGAUAGGCCUCUGUCAACAGAAUUCCUAUGAAUAGCCCUGACCACCAGGAAACACACUAGUCAUCUGAUAAAGGACGUAUUCAUAAUGCCAUGAAACACUACCAUCACCACUGAGAAUGGUGGAAUCCAGGAGGUAUCUUGUAGCACAACAAUAUUAGUCAUAAGUAGUGCACUAUAAAGGGAAUAGGGUGCCAUUUGGAACGCAAACGUGGUCUCCUCAGUAAGAUUUUUUUUCUGCAUACCUUGAAGUAGCCUUGUUGUAUAAUUCCUCUCUCCUGAAAUGCAGUGCUAGCUAAUGGUAAAUAUUUGUGGUGAGUCAUGCAACAGUUAAUUCCUCUAUUUCCCUUAAUCUGGAGCCUUUUCUCCUCGACAGCUGCCAGGCAGAUUGUGUUGAAGGCCACCCUGGACCUCGUGACGCAGGUUUUAGGAUUCAUAUGACGAGUGACAUCGUCUGUGUGGUAUUUGCAUGAUUCCAUUUUAACAAGACUCCAAGUGUUGCUCCCCAACCAGGAACUGUAGUGUGGGUGAGAGAUCCUGUAUGUGCUUUAAUGGUGAGAGCAUUGCUGUGCUGCAAAUAUCUGCAUCCUUCCUGCGACAGACUAGCGUUCUAGGGGUGUAUUUAUUCAUUAAGCUUCCUUGCAGUACAGAAACAAGAGCUUGGCCCAUAUGGCAGGAGUCUUUCUGGUCUACUUGUAUCCCACCUUGGGAUUCUGCAUUUAUUAAUUACACUGUGUACUAUGGAUGUAGUAGUAGCAUCCUACACAGAUAGACAUUUUGAUUUUGUUCUACCAUUUUGCUUCCCUUUGCAUUCAAGGGACAGAAGAUAAUGAACUAGAGGGUCUGGCACUAGUGUGACAUUGUUCUCCCCGAAAACAAAACUUUCCCCUUGUUUCUAUGGAAACACGGUUGGCCGCAAGAAGGACGAGACAAUUGGGUCAGGCAAGACAACAGCUAGUAUAUGAGAAGUGGAAAGACACUACUAACUUAGUAUCACUUUACCUCUGGUCUAAAAGGCUGCUGCAAAACUACUGUAUUUCUCACAAAUACAAUUCCCCCUCUCUGUUGGAGAAGAGAGAAAGAAAAGAAAGAGGGGGACAGGAAAGAUGGUGUGAAAAGCCUUCCUCCCUGGCUUGAACUCCUCCUCUGUGGCCAAACAAGGGCAGCACCAUUCUGUGCCAUGAAUGGGAGGAGGGAUGACAUCACCACCCGCAAGUGGAGCAGGGCUAGUUUUACACAACAUUCACCUUUCAUUGUCCAUUGAUGACAUGUUUGGAAUGUGAUGGCUAAGUCCCUGUGGAGUGGGGGCCCUCUCCUGACCCUGUGAGAGAGAGCCGCUGCCUGCCUGCAUACAGCUCAGCUCCUGCACUAUCCAAAACACACUAGGCAUGGACCUACCUGCUAUGCAUCCCUCCUGACUAGCAGUCGCUCCCACCACUGCCCACGGGACUCUGGGCUGGGGAUUAAAGGAGCUGCUGGAGCAGGAUAAGGUGUACCAGGCUUGUAAAGACAAGGAUCAGAGCAGGAGGCUAGAGAAGGUCCGUGAGGAACUGGUCAAACUCAAGUCCUUUGUCCUGAUGCUGGUGGACGAGCGGCAGCUCCACAUCGAGCAGAUCGACCAGCAGAGCCAGAAGGUCCAGGACCUCAGCAGCGAGCUCCAGGAGAGAGAACAGCGACUGGUCGCUGUCAGUGGCAACGCCAAGGAGGACAGCCAGAAGGUCCUCAAACUCGAGGCGGAGCUAGAGUGCAAAGCCACCAAGUUCACCCAGGAGCGUGAGGAGAUGACUGCCAAGCUGGCCAACCAGGAGUCCCAGAGCCGACAGCUCCGCCUGAAGCUGGCAAGCCUGGCCCACAGGAUCGAGGAGCUGGAGGAAAGCAACAAGGCACUGCAGAAGUCAGAGGAAGACCUCAUAGAGCUGAGGGACAAGAUCAGCAAGGGGGGGUGUGGGAACUCCAGCCUCAUGGCAGAGCUGGAGACACUGCGCAAGAGAGUCCUGGAGAUGGAGGGCAAGGAUGAGGAGAUCACCAAGACAGAGAGCCAAGCCAGGGAGCUGAGGAAGAGGCUACAAGACGAGGAGACCACUGGCCGGGAGCUGAGGCUGGAGGUGGAAAAAUUGCAAAAGAGAAUGGGGGAGCUGGAGAAACUGGAGAGAACUUUCAACAUGAACAAAUCAGAGUGUGCAACACUUCAUGUUAACAUAGUAAGAGAGAAAGGACUGUCAAAUGACUUAGCUGGUGAGCUUGACACAGUUAAAAAACGUAUGAAAGAACUGGAGAACUCUGAAUCGAGACUUGAGAAAGCAGAGAUGGGCCUAAAGGAUGACCUGAUGAAGCUGAAGUCAUUUACAGUGAUACUAGUGGAUGAGAGGAAGAACAUAACUGAGAGAAUUAAACAGGAGGAGCUAAAGAGCGAUGAUUUAAAUAAGAUGUUCAAAACUGAGCAGGGUAAGGUUAUGGAAGUCACAGAAAAGUUGAUUGAGGAGAGCAAAAAGUCCCUCAGACUGAAAUCAGAAAUGGAGGUAAAAGUGACGUCUCUUACUAAAGAGAAAGAUGAACUGAAAACGAAACUUGCAGGUGAAGCGGAAAAGUGCAGGGAUCUUAGCUUCAAGGUCGACGUGAUGAAAAAACAAAUGAAGGGGCUAGAUGAGGCAGAAAGAGAAUCAUUAAAAAGCAGAGCUAAUAAGGACAAAAUAUCCCUAGCUGAGCACAACAAAGUCAAGGAGCUAACGCAGGAAAUCGAAAGACUCAAAAACCGCCUAAAACAGCUAGAGGUGGUGGAAGGUGACCUGAUGAAGACAGAGGACGAGUACGAAUUACUGGAGAAGAAGUUCCGAACGGAGCACGACAAGGCCAAUAUUCUCGCUCAGCUGCUGGAUGAGAUGAAGAGUAAGACCGCCAUGAACAAGGCCAUAGAGAAGGGAGAGGCGGUGAGCCAGGAGGCUGAGUUAAGGAUGCGCUGCAAAAUAGAAGAGGCCAGAACCAGAGACCUGCAGGCAGACGUCCAGGCCCUCAAAGAGAAGAUCCACGAGCUGAUGAACAGGGAGGACCAGCUCUCCCAGCUGCAGGUAGACUACUCCCUCCUCCAGCAGAGGUUCCUGGAGGAGGACGACAAGAAGAAGAGCCUGAGCCAGGAUGUGGUCAACCUCACCAAAGAGCUGGAGGUCACCAAGCGCUACAGCCGCGCCCUGCGUCCCAGUAUGAAUGGGAGGAGGAUAGUAGAUGUCCCAGUCACCUCCACCGCAGUGCAGACAGACGUAGUGGUCAAUGAGCCUGUUGAGGAGGACACACCUGCAGUGUUCAUCAGGAAAUCUGUCCUGGAGGAGAACCAUAUUAUGAGCAACCUGAGGCAGAGGGGUGUAAAGAAGCCUGCAACCGUGCUGGAGCGCUACCCCCCUGCAGCCACUGAUCUGAGCCUGAGAAAAUCUUGGAUGAAAAAGAAUGAUGCAGUGACGAUCACUCAGACCACCCCAGAGAAGACCCUAUCCCCUCAGGUUAAUGGGGACUGUUCCGCUCGUCCACCCGAGCUGACCAUGUCCCAAAAGCCAGGCCAGCCGCUACACAUCCGAGUGACCCCCGAUCACGAGAAAAGCACUGCCUCCUUGAAGAUCACUGGCCCUCGUGCUGAGGACUUCUUCUCCAGCACCACCAUCAUUCCCACCCUGGGCCUUCAGAGGCCCCGCAUCACCAUUGUUCCCAAGCCCACCACUGUGUCCUCAAAGAGCAAGCCAGGUGAGGGCAUGAUGGGUGGGCCUGAGCGGUGCAAGUCUCCAGUCACCAUCACCACCAUCUCCAGGGCCAAGUCCCCAGACAGGAAUAAGGGCUCCUCCUACUCAGACUUGAACAGACCUCUCUCCCCUGUCUCCAUAAUCACAGUGAACACCACUCCAGUGGCCUUUGCCUCCACAUCCCCUGAGACCCAUGACAUGAGCACCAUGGGCCGGGCUGUGUUCAAGGUGACCCCAGAGAAGCAGUUGUUGCCCACGCCUGUCCGAAACUACAACUCCAAUGUCAGUAUCAUCACCACCACAGAGGACAACAAGAUCCACAUCCAUCUGGGAGCUCAGUUCAAGAGGCCAUCACACCGUAGCAGUAGCAGCCCCACGGUGACAGUAAGGCCCCUUAGUGUGAGCACAGAGAGCAAGGAGGCAACCACAGGUACGGUGUUGCGCUCCCCAUGUCAACCCAACAACACCACCAUGCCUGGGAAGACUACGCCAAGCAAAUUGACCAGCAGCAUCACCAUCACCCCCAUCACCUCUGCCCUCUCCAGGCCAACUCAGUCUGUGCCCGGGGCGGAUGUGCAGUCAUCUCGGGCCACGGCCACACGAAUCCCUAUGCCAAAAGGUAUGAAAACAGGCAAGGCAGUUGUGACAGGCGUUUCCACUGUGACACGGAUAGAGUCGCGAGCCGAGAGCCAGUCUAUGAAAAUUGAACUGAAGAGGUCAACAGUCUGCAGCUCUACCUCCUCAGGGGGAGGGAAGUGCUGAGGGCCACAUGCUGCCCCCACAAUCUAUCUAUGGACUCAGAGUCCCCCAUGAUUCAAUUCUGACCAGUCUGUUGCCAGCCAAAAACGGAUAGAAUAGGAUACUGUAGCCGGCGUUGGAUUUCAUCUGCUCACAGAUACACAGAGAAUAGCUCUAUCAGAAACACAGACAUGUCUCUUUUCUCCAUUUCAAACAUUGGGGCAGCACAUUGAAAUGAGAUUGUAUUGUAGUUAUGUAUGUUUUCCAAAAAGAUUUGUAUAUCCAUGUUGAUUUCAAUCAGGCUGUGUGGCACGUUGACCAGAAUGCAUUUCCAUGCAUGUUUUAAUCUGACCAGAAUGCAUUUGCUUUUUGUUUUGAUUGACAAAAUGUUAUUAGUCCCUCAUCAGGCUUGUUAUCACACAGAGUUGUUGAUAUUUUUUGGUUUCAUAAUUCAUGUUGUUAAAGGUCUAAUGUAGACAUUUAUUUAUCUAAAUAUCAAAUCAUUUCUGGGUAAAAAUUAAGUACCUUAGUGUGAUUGUUUUCACAAUUAAAAUGGUCAAAAAUCAACAAAAAUAGCAAAGGACAAUUUCUCAAGCAAGAAUUUAUGGGAAUGGUCGGAGAGGGGAAAACUGAAAAUUAGCUGUCUUUACAAACAGCUCUAACACCAAAAGGGCAUUAUCAUCAUAUUCACAGUAUUAUUUCAACCUCAUAGUGUGAAAAAUAUAAAACACAGGAUAAUCACAUUUUUGACUGCACUGGGCCUUUAAUAUUUUUGUUUAUUUCACCAUUUCUU